AUGAAAAGAUCUGUUUUUAAAAAUUCCAUACUGAUUGUUGUUAGUAUCACAAAAGCACAAGAAUUCUUAAAAGUCUCAAAGAACGUUAAAACUUUGGAAGAUGUUUUUGAACUUGCUACCCAAAUAUCAGAAAGUACUUCUAGUGAAAAUGUUCUAGUUACAAAUUGUAGAGUUGAUGGUGAAAAUAAUAACGAUGUCCUGUUCACUAGUGGUUUCCAAGAUUUUAUCAUCUUUAAAGCACAUAUUGAAACUAAAGAUUUAAACGGUAUUAUUUCUACUGCAAUCAGUUCCAAUAUAGCUCAUGGAUUCAAUCUAAGCGAAGCAAUUUAUGGUGCCUUGGAAUAUGCUCAAAGCACACAUUCUGUUAAAAAUGAUGACAACGAGUCACCAAACUAUACAUGUCAUAUCGAGAUACCAUUAGAAAAGAUAGUCCAAAAUGAAUGUUUCACUGCUCACGAACUUGAUACUUAUGUAAACCACGACUUUGUAAGACAAAUUGCUGAUGGUACUUUACCGUUAAAGAAAUUUCAAUUUUUCGUUGAACAAGAUUAUUCUUAUUUGGUUAACUAUGGUAGAGUGCAUUGUAUUGCUGGUUCAAAAUCUCCAGAAUUAGAAGAUAUAGAAAAAGAAUUAUGCAUUGUUAGCAGAAUUAAAGAAGAGAUGAAUCAGCACGGAAAGAGAUUAAAGGAGAAAUUCGGUGUUAAAGAUGAUAGAUACUUUAAAACUAUUAAGAGGGGUCCUGAUUUGAACAACUAUUUUAAGUAUUUUAACGAUGUAGCUAGGAGAGGCAACUGA